AUGUUAAAACGCAUUGCUGAGUUUGAAAAGUCCAAGGCUGCUUUUGAUGAGGAGAGAGCCAAAUUUGAAGCCGAUAAGAAGGCCGAAGAAUGGGGCCGCGAGGGCCUGCAAAAGAAACUCCACAAUGUUGAGGAGCAACUCGCCAAGGAGAAGGCCGAGUUCAAACGUAUCUGCGCCCAAGACAACGAGCGCGCCUACGCGGCUCGACAGAAGAUUGUUGAUCUUGAGGCUAAAGUUGCUGAUUUGACAUCGAAGGUAGAGGAGGCGCAUGGAGAGAAAGCUGCCAAGCAGCAGAUGGAGGUUGAGUUAUCUGAGGCCAAGGUGCAGCUGUCCAGCAAGGACAGAGAUCUCCACGCCAAGGACGCUGAGAUUGCGGAGCUCAAACGUCGCUUGAACGAGCAAAUCGACAGAUGUGAGUCGUUGGAGAUCGACCUGGAGGCCGAGAGGGUUAAGGCUGCUACCGCUGAGGAGGUUGCCAACUCCAUCUUAAAUGCUGGCGAGCUAGAUCGUGCCGUUGCUGCUCUCACGGAUGCGGCGCGUGCGGUGGGUCAUCGAGGAGGUUACUUGGAAUGUGCCAAUCACGUUGAGCAGAUGCUAGGGCAGGAAUUUGAUGUAAGCCAUUGCUCGGUGACUGAACAUGCUGAUGCUGCGCUUGCACAUGCUGAAAACUCGUAUGACAACCUUACCUUGCCUAUCAUGGAUCUGGUUGUGGAAUCUUUGAAGAAAGACGACUGGUGUCAGCGUCUUAAAGCAGUCCUCGAUCCACCAGUUACCGUCGAAUUAUCCGAUGAAGAACCAGCUGGUGAUGAUGGUGGAGAUGGUGAUGAUAAUGGCAACGAUGACGAUGGUGAGGAUGACGGAGAUGAUGAUGGUGAUCGACGCGAUGAAUAG